AUGAAAGGUGUGAUGAGGUUUGGGAAGAAAGGGAAAUUAAGCUCAAAGUACAUAGGGCCUUAUGAGAUCAUUCAAAAAGUAGGGAACGUGGCUUAUAAGUUGGAUUUGCCUAACGAGUUUGAUAGGGUUCACAAUGUGUUCCAUGUAAGCCAAAUCCGAAAGUACAUUUCGGACGUAACACAUGUGUUACAACCAGAAACUAUUGAGAUGGAUGAGAAUUUGACUUAUGAAGAAAGACCAAUAAAGAUUCCCGACUAUAAGGUAAGGAGCACAAGGAACAAGGAUGUGAGCAUUGUGAAAGUGUUGUGGUCAAAUCAGAAAACUAAAGAGGCUACAUGGGAAGCUGAGGAUGAUAUGAGGAAACCCUACCUAGAGAUGUUUGCCUAA